CCAAAUCAUCCCGCCUCCUCCCUUCAAAUUUCCAACUCCCAAAGGGUGGUCGCCGCCUCCGCCGCAGCCGCCUCAUCCGGAUCCCGCCGGCGCGGGCGAGGGUUUCCUCUUCGGCGCAGAUCUGAAACGCGUAGAGGCCGCGCUCCAGCCCGCCUCCACCCGCAUUCUCUCCUCUUAAACCAAGAACCCGCCCCGCCUUCCUCCGAGCGCCUCCCUCCGAGCGCCCGGCUACCCAUCUCGCUCUCGCGUCUCUCUGCGAACCACUCCGGCUACGGCGGGCCUGCCUUCUCCGGCGAACGUGUGCUGCCGCAUCCUCCCUCCCCGCCAGAUCGACGGCAGUCCCGUCUUUCUUGCUCCUCCUCUCGGGCCCCGGUAGAUCGACGCCGGCGGCGACCCUCUCGGCCCACCCGCCUGACGGUCGUCCCGAGCCCGGCUUACAUGGCUGCUAGAAAGGAUAAUCCUGUCCUUAUUGCUUGCCAAGCACCAAGUGGUCGAAUCACAAGAUCUCAAGCUGCUAAUCGUGGAAAGUUUGGAAUGGCUCACCCCGUACCUGUAUCUGGUAAAAUUGAACGAAAACCGGCAGUGGCAAGAAAGGUGAAAAGGGGAGCUUUGGAUGAGAAUGCUUGUGCAAGUGCUGCAACUUCCGCUCCACAGCCUAAAAGGCGAGCAGUGCUCAAGGAUGUGACAAAUAUAAGCCUUGCAAACUCGUCCAAAAAUUGCAUUGCUGUGACUAAGUUGCAGUCGAGGCCCCCCCAAAAGGUAGGACGAAUUCUGAGCAAAAAGAAGCAGUCUGCAAAGAAGGUUACUAAGCCAUCUCUUCUAGCUGUUAGUGGGACUUCAUUUGUGAAUGAUUCUAACAUCAUUGAAGAAGCGCAAAAGACUAAGAUUUUGGCACCAAAAGAUGAGCCCAUUACUUUGGUCGGAACCAAUGGGUCGCCGUCAUUACAGAAUAUUGAACGAAACAGAGACAGUGGUCUUCACGAGGCAUUUUUCCAGGGAAGAAAAAUCAGGGAUAAAUCUGAAACUGCUGAUUCAAAGACUGGGGACUCUGCUGUUUCAAACAUCGUAGAUAUUGACAAAGAUAACGGCAAUCCCCAAAUGUGUGUUUCCUACGCUGCAGAGAUAUACACAAACCUAAUGGCCUCAGAGCUUAUAAGAAGACCUAAAUCAAAUUACAUGGAGGCUCUGCAACAGGACAUUACAAAGGGCAUGCGAGGAAUUCUCGUUGAUUGGCUUGUUGAGGUGUCUGAAGAAUAUAAGCUUGUCCCAGACACUCUGUACCUCACAGUAUAUCUUAUUGACCAAUUUCUUUCCCGGAAAUAUAUAGAAAGACAGAAGUUGCAACUUCUUGGAAUAACCAGCAUGCUUAUUGCCUCCAAAUACGAAGAGAUCUGUGCUCCUCGUGUUGAAGAGUUCUGUUUUAUAACUGAUAAUACAUACACCAAAACCGAGGUGUUGAAAAUGGAGUGCCAAGUGCUUAAUGAUCUGGGCUUUCAUCUUUCUGUUCCAACAACAAAGACAUUUCUUAGGAGAUUCCUUAGAGCGGGAGCGGCUGAUACAGCUUCCCCUGUAACCUUGGGUUAUCUGGCCAAUUACCUCGCGGAGUUGACUUUGACUGAGUACGGUUUCUUGAAAUUUCUCCCUUCAGUGGUGGCAGCAUCUGCAGUCUUUCUUGCAAGAUGGACACUGGACCAAUCUGACCUUCCAUGGAACUGUACUCUUGAGCAUUACACCUCAUACAAAAGCUCUGAUAUUGAAAUAUGCGUCUGUGCUCUACGGGAAUUGCAGCAUAACACCAGUGGAUGCCCCCUCAAUUCUAUACGUGAAAAGUAUAGGCAAGAAAAGUUUGAGUGUGUUUCAGACCUGUUGUCGCCGGAGCUGGCACAAUUUCUCUUCAGUCGACAAGCUAACGACAUCAAUCCCCUGUUGAUCAACAACUCUUAGCAGCAUCAACCACCUGACAGUUGCAUCACCGACAUCUUGAUUUUUCAAAGAUCUUGUAGCAUCCAAUCCCUUCCUUCCUCCCCCGAUCUGAUUGUGUUGUGUUAUUCCUGAGCUGUUGUAGUUUUUCUGACCUUUUUCGAGUCGUGCAGUAGUAAGUGAUGGCUCGCAUAAAUAUUGCUCGACAUGGUUAAAUUGGUGUGUAGGCUGCUGAUGCCUUGAGCUGAUAAUUGUAUGAUGAUCCUUUCUGUAUAAUAACCGAGUGCUGCUUGAUUUGAUGAAGAUUCCCUUGGUUGCCUUCCAA